CGCCUGGGAAGCAGGCGGAGGCUGUGACCGCAACGUCUGGGAUGAGGACGGAGCGCCGAGGGGAGGGUGGGAGUUGCAGAAAAGCAUCCGCCUUGUAGCACCCACAGGAGGUACAGGAAUGGCUGGGCCUCCCUUCUCUACUUCAGCGAGCAUCCAGAGGGAUGGCGAUGGUGAUGGCGGCUGUUACUCGGCCAGCCCCAGUUAAGCUGCGCCCCGGGAGGAGUUCAUAUGUUGUCUGCUAUCCAACAAAUUCUAUUUGUGUAGUCUAAAUGUUUCUACACAAUCCAACUCAAAUAUGACAGACUAUGACCAAACUACUUUCAAGGAGUUUUUGGACACAUGAUGGCAGAUACAUCCAGAAAGUGCCCAGAAGAAACUUCCUGCUGGAAAAACUGAAAAAGACGUAUUUAUAACAUUGGAAUUUGUGGAUAAUUUGUUAAAAUGGCAGAAAAUAAUGAAAAUAAUAGUAAAAAUGUAGAUGUAAGGCCCAAAACUAGUCGGAGUAGAAGUGCUGACAGAAGGGAUGGUUAUGUAUGGAGUGGAAAGAAGUUAUCUUGGUCAAAAAAGAGCGAGAGUUGUUCAGAUGCUGAAACAGUAAAUACUGUAGAGAAAACUGAAGGUUCUUUAAGGAGCCAAGAAAGGAAGCACAGCUGUUCGUCUAUCGAGUUGGACUUAGAUCAUUCCUGUGGGCAUAGAUUUUUAGGUCGAUCUCUUAAACAGAAGCUGCAAGAUGCUGUGGGGCAGUGUUUUCCCAUAAAGAAUUGUAGUAGUCGGCACUCUUCAGGGCUUCCAUCUAAAAGAAAAAUUCAUAUCAGUGAACUCAUGUUAGAUAAGUGUCCUUUCCCACCUCGAUCAGAUUUAGCCUUUAGGUGGCAUUUUAUUAAACGACACACUGCUCCUAUAAAUCCCAAAUCAGAUGAAUGGGUAAGCACAGACUUGUCUCAGAGUGAAUUGAGAGAUGGUCAGCUAAAACAAAGAAGAAACAUGGAAGAAGAUGUAAACUGUUUCUCACAUACCAAUGUUCAGCCCUGUGUUAUAACCACCAACAGUGCUUCGUGUAGAGGUCCUAUGCCUGGCUCUGUGAUGAACCUAGUUUCAAGUAACAGUAUAGAAGAUAGUGAUAUGGAUUCAGAUGAUGAAAUUAUAACACUUUGCACAAGUUCCAGAAAAAGAAACAAGCCCAAAUGGGAAUUAGAUGAUGAAAUCCUGCAGUUGGAAACACCUCCUAAGUACCACACCCAGAUUGAUUAUGUCCACUGUCUUGUGCCAGACCUCCUUCAGAUCAAUAACAAUCCAUGUUACUGGGGAGUUAUGGAUAAAUAUGCAGCUGAAGCUCUACUAGAAGGAAAACCAGAGGGUACUUUUUUACUUCGAGACUCAGCACAGGAAGACUAUUUAUUCUCUGUUAGUUUUAGACGCUACAGUCGUUCUCUUCAUGCUAGAAUUGAACAAUGGAAUCACAACUUUAGCUUUGAUGCACAUGAUCCUUGUGUCUUCCAUUCUCCUGAUAUUACUGGGCUCCUAGAACAUUAUAAGGACCCGAGCGCCUGUAUGUUCUUCGAACCACUUCUGUCCACUCCUUUAAUUCGGACUUUCCCCUUUUCCCUGCAGCAUAUAUGCAGAACAGUUAUUUGUAACUGUACAACUUAUGAUGGCAUUGAUGCCCUUCCAAUUCCUUCUUCUAUGAAAUUAUAUCUAAAGGAAUAUCAUUAUAAAUCAAAAGUUAGAGUACUCAGGAUUGAUGCGCCAGAACAACAAUGCUAGGAUAAGGAUAGGAACAUGGAAAUGAUUGUAUGCAUAUUUUCAUUUAAUAUUUUUCUUAUUAUGCCACUUUAAUUUUUUCUACAAAGGCAGCGGAGUCUAAACCUGCCCUAAAUUUUACUUCAAGAUCAGUUUUUCUUUUAUGAUACACUAAUUGUUUAAGGUUAUACACUAGAGGUUAAUAGAUAUUUUUAACCAGGUCUUUGGUUUUUGUUUUUACCAUGAAGAGUGUAUACUUAAAUUUUUUCUUUUCCUUAAUUUAUACAUACUCUUGGCAUAUUUGAAAUUUGGUAGGCAUUGCCAGCACAUUUGAAUAUUCUGUAUUUCAUGCUUUAAAAAAUAAUCUUACUCCUUUCCUACAUGUAAAACAUUUUGUUAAUAUAUGUCAUCAGUAUUCCUAUGCAUAAAAUAUAGUUUCUCCAUCCCCCUUUUCAUUGAGUUUUAAAAUUCUUCGGUAAAGCUGAGUGUUGUAAUUCACUAUCCAUACUAAUGUAAUUGACUUCUGUUAACUUACUAAUAGGGAUGCUAAAUGUAACAGAAUGGUUUAAAGUCAAACUUGGUAUGUUUUCAUUUGAAAUAUAACUAUAAAGCAGGAUUACUAAAUUUAAUUAAUCUGGUCAAUGAGAAUCAAAAGAAAACAUUCUGGUUUUUAUUCUUCUAUAAUGUGGCAGAGUUAUUUGUUAUUCUUGAGUAGGUCUUUCUUAACCUGGAAGACUUAAACCAUCUUCAAAACAUAAAUUUUGUUCCAUUCUCAUUGGAAGCAUUAAAAAUAAUGAUAAUACCAUUAGUAGCUAAUAGUUACUAAAGUACUAAAGCAACUGUAGGUUUUUUCUGUAUUAACUUAUGAACUAUUGCUUCUACUUAGCCCUUUUAUAGAAACUCAGAGCCUGUUACUUUGGGGAAAUUCUACAAUUUAUAAGCAGCCACAAAUUUACACUGGUAACCAAAGAAUACCCAAGUCUUUUUUCAUUAUUUUAAGUUGAACUUGAGUAAAGAUUGAAUAAAUAAACGUGGAAUUCAGUGUUCAGGAAGCUUAAUAUUCUUUUUGAUCUACAAGUUCUAAAUAAUUAUUCCUGUUGUUAGAAUUGGCUUCAAAAAAAGAAAGCUUUUUUACAGCUACAUGGCUUAUGCCAUACAGAACAGUACUGGACAAAAUGGGUAAUAUUUUAAAUUUACUAUCCCAAGAACAGGGCAGCAUUUUUAGAAACAUUAGUCCAAUGUAACUAGUAGAGAUAAAUGGAGUGGUAUCCUAUCUAACUUAUUUUUUAAAAGAGUCAAUGAAUAAUAGUAAAUCUAGAUAGAUCGCUCAAUUUUUCUUCUGAUGAGCUGUCUACCCCUUUGUACAGAUUGGCAUUUUUAAUAUAGUAAUUGACUUCUUUGAUACUAGUUUAGCUGUAUUAGGAAACUGCUUCUACUUGGAUGGAAAGAAAUUUGACUCAUAAAUUUCCAAGUUAGAACAAAUAUUUCUUAAUUAUUGCUUUUAUGUGAAGUAGCAUUUCCCUAUCUUGCAGUUCUACUGUUAACUCAAAGAUGGUAUUUUUCAAUAAUAUCUUUAAAAUAAAUUUUUAGCAAUUAUCACAAAAUUAAAUCAGGAAACUCCCUGUUACCAUUAUCUUCUAGUAUUUUUUUUCUCAGUGAUCUCAAGAUUGUCUUGGUCUCAGUGAGGGGUAGCUACAAAAACAGCACCUCUCAACAUGAUGAGGCUCAGGAUAUGACAGCACCAAUGUCAGGAUAAAUGUCUCUUCUAAAGAUGAUAUUUAUGUUUUACAAAGGUAGAAGUGUCUCAUACUACCUCAUCUUUAUUGUGGCACUUUUGUAGAUCACUGAGAAGCUUAAUUAACCAAUAUACCACUUCCUAAAUAUCCAUCUUUGAUGAAAGAAAAUUAAUAGUGUGGUAAGAGUCUACCCAUGAUUAUAGUUUUUUUAUCAGAAUUUGAUAAGACUUUCUGUUUCUGUGAAACAAUUAUUUUAAAUAUUUUUCUUUUAAAAGCAACUUUUUAUCAGUACAGAAAAACCUUAAAGGAUGACUAGCUUAUGAAUAUUCUGUUAAAGUAUAGUUUUAUAAAGAAAAACGAAAUAUAAUUAUGUUGUCUUUUAUAGUAGUAAAAAUUAGUGUUUAUAUGAAAGUCAAGAUCUAAGUAGCUUUUCAUAUAAUUCAGACUAAUUGCUUGUGAUAUAUUUUCUCUGGCUUUGUUAUUUUUUCAAUUUCAAGAUUUUAACAGCUGUUAACACUUUCAAAAUACUGCCAUAUAUGUAGCCUUGAAGUAGAUAAUCUAAUAAAUGAGAGCAGGAAAGAGA